CUUGAUCGAGAUCUCAAAUCUUUAAAUCAGAAUUUUUGAGACUUUUAAAAAUGAUUCAUUAAUUAUUUAUCUUAUUUAUGUUAAGUGUGUUUUGCUUGUUUGAGUCGAGGUGCACAGCCAUAUGCAGGAGUCAGCGGAGGUCAGAUCCCAGGAAAUGGCUUGUCCUCUGGGAGCAGGUUUUCAGUACAGUUAGCAGCGCAGCCAUCUCUCCAGCCCCUCUGUGGAAGUUUGAUUUGGACUCUUGCCCCCUUUAUUUCUCCAUGUAGCUCACACAAAUAGAAGAAUUCUGGAGAGGUUUCAGAGCCAGCCUGUGGACGCCUAUGGAACUGUAGCUUUACUUUUUUGCUGUGUAGUAGAUGUCGUGGCACUAAGACCCAGAAACUCUGUGCUCUGCGUGGCUGGAGCUGGGCUGGCUGUGCUCACACUGAAGGGAAGGAAGUCAUUAGUGCAGACCGAGCUGUGGAGUUAGGUUCUUGCAGGAUUUCCUUCCAGCCUUUCCCCACUUAGGUUCUUGGGAAUUAAGAAAAAAAAUAUCUAAACACACAAACCAAGUUUUCCUAUUUACUGUGUUCAGGGAAGGUGGACAUUUCGGAAGGGCAGAUCCGAUCCCAAGUUGUCUAAGAAGCAGAAAACUGCGCAAAGAAGCUCUGAUUACAGAUCUUUGGAAUUUUCUUUGCUAAAUUUUUACAAACGAGAAAUAUACCCAGAAUUUUGGGACUUGCUCCAGGCUGCGUGUGAGGGUUUGAUUGCUUGUCUAAUCUUUUUCUUUUUUUGAGAAGAGGAGAAUUCGCCAAGAGGGGCUUGGAUGGCAGGAGCCCGGCCGGGUUUCUGUGGCAGCUCGUGCCGUGGGUCUCUGCUCUGAGGGGUCUGCGGCCCAUCGGAGAGCUCCUGCCUGGAGCCUUUUCGCUGGCGCGGGUCGGGGAACAUGCCCCGCUCCGGCCCGGGCGCGCCACUGGCCGCCGGGACGCCCUAGCCCCGUGGGAGAGUGUGGUGGCCGGGGCACUUCGCGCUGAACCGAAGACGAAGACUGUCGGUCCUAUCCGGGAAAGAACGAGGGGGUGCAAGGAGGCAGCAUGACUUGCAGUCGCCGCCGCCCUGCGUCUGCCCCCAGCCUCCAGCCCACCUCUUGAUGCGUCCCGGGUCGGCUGUACAAAUAUGAUGAAAUGGCAGCCCCGGAAGAAGGCAUACUUCCGACAGGGUGUUGCCCUCCAGUACCUUGGACGUCACGCGGACGCCCUGGCAGCCUUUGCGUCUGGGCUGGCUCAAGACCCCAAAAGUCUCCAGCUCCUGGUGGGAAUGGUGGAAGCUGCCAUGAAGUCUCCCAUGAGAGACACCCUGGAGCCCACUUACCAGCAGCUUCAGAAAAUGAAACUGGACAAGAGUCCCUUUGUGGUCGUGUCUGUGGUUGGGCAGGAACUUCUGACAGCCGGACACCACGGGGCCUCCGUGGUUGUCUUAGAAGCUGCUCUGAAGAUUGGCACUUGCAGCCUCAAGCUGAGGGGCUCUGUGUUCUCCGCCCUGAGCAGUGCACACUGGUCUCUUGGGAACACAGAGAAGAGCACUGGGUACAUGCAGCAAGACCUGGACGUAGCCAAGACCUUAGGUGACCAGACAGGAGAAUGCCGAGCUCACGGGAACCUAGGCUCUGCAUUCUUUUCCAAGGGGAAUUACCGAGAGGCCCUCACAAACCACAGGCAUCAGCUGGUGCUCGCCAUGAAGCUCAAGGACCGGGAGGCAGCAUCAUCAGCCCUGAGCAGCCUGGGUCACGUGUACACAGCCAUCGGAGACUAUCCCAACGCUCUGGCCAGCCACAAACAGUGCGUCCUUCUCGCCAAGCAGUCCAAAGAUGACCUUUCUGAAGCCCGAGAACUCGGAAACAUGGGAGCCGUGUACAUCGCCAUGGGCGACUUUGAGAAUGCCGUGCAGUGUCAUGAACAACACCUGCGGAUAGCCAAGGACCUGGGGAGCAAGCGCGAGGAGGCCCGGGCCUACAGCAACCUGGGCAGCGCCUACCACUACCGGAGGAACUUUGAUAAGGCCAUGUCCUACCACAACUGUGUGCUGGAGCUGGCGCAGGAGCUGAUGGAGAAGCCCAUUGAGAUGCGAGCCUACGCUGGCUUGGGUCAUGCAGCCAGGUGCAUGCAGGACCUGGAGAGGGCAAAACAGUACCACGAGCAGCAGCUGGGUAUCGCGGAGGACCUCAAGGACCGGGCGGCGGAAGGCCGCGCAUCCUCCAAUCUGGGGAUCAUCCACCAGAUGAAAGGCGAUUACGACACAGCCCUGAAGCUCCACAAGACCCACCUGUGCAUCGCCCAAGAGCUGAGCGACUAUGCAGCCCAAGGCCGCGCCUACGGAAAUAUGGGCAAUGCCUACAACGCCCUGGGCAUGUACGACCAGGCUGUCAAGUACCACCGUCAAGAGCUGCAGAUCUCCAUGGAAGUAAACGACCGUGCCUCUCAGGCAUCGACUCAUGGGAACCUGGCUGUCGCCUACCAGGCCCUGGGAGCCCAUGACCGGGCGCUGCAGCACUACCAGAACCACUUGAACAUCGCCCGGGAGCUGAGAGACAUCCAGAGCGAGGCCCGGGCUCUCAGCAACCUGGGGAACUUCCACUGCUCCAGAGGAGAGUAUGUCCAGGCCGCACCCUACUACGAACAGUACCUCCGCCUAGCUCCCGACCUCCAGGACAUGGAGGGAGAAGGAAAGGUCUGCCACAACCUCGGCUAUGCCCACUACUGCCUCGGGAACUACCAGGAGGCCGUGAAGUACUAUGAGCAGGAUCUGGCUCUGGCCAAAGACCUUCAUGACAAACUGAGCCAAGCAAAAGCCUAUUGCAACUUGGGCCUGGCCUUCAAGGCUCUGCUGAACUUCACUAAAGCCGAGGAGUGUCAGAAGUACCUUCUGUCCCUAGCCCAGUCCCUGGAUAAUUCCCAGGCAAAGUUUCGAGCCCUAGGGAACCUGGGUGAUAUCUUUGUCUGCAAGAAGGAUGUAAACGGUGCGAUCAAAUUCUAUGAGCAGCAGCUGGGCCUGUCUCACCACGUGAAAGACCGAAGGCUGGAGGCCAGCGCCUACGCGGCGCUGGGUACCGCGUACCGGAUGGUUCAGAAGUACGACAAGGCCUUGGGUUAUCACACACAGGAGCUGGAGGUCUAUCAGGAACUGAGCGACCUGCCGGGGGAGUGCCGGGCUCACGGGCACCUGGCGGCUGUCUACAUGGCCCUUGGAAAAUACACAAUGGCGUUCAAGUGCUACCAGGAGCAGCUGGAGCUGGGGCGGAAGCUGAAGGAGCCGAGUCUGGAAGCCCAGGUGUACGGCAACAUGGGCAUCACGAAGAUGAACAUGAACGUGAUGGAGGACGCCAUUGGCUACUUUGAGCAGCAGCUGGCCAUGCUGCAGCAGCUCAGCGGGAACGAGUCUGUGCUGGACAGGGGUCGGGCCUACGGCAACCUGGGGGAUUGCUACGAGGCCCUGGGGGACUACGAGGAAGCCAUCAAGCACUACGAACAGUACCUGUCUGUCGCCCAGAGUCUGAACCGCAUGCAAGACCAAGCCAAGGCCUACCGGGGUCUAGGAAACGGACACAGGGCAACGGGGAGCUUGCAGCAGGCCCUUGUGUGCUUCGAGAAGAGGCUUGUGGUGGCCCAUGAGCUCGGCGAGGCCUCCAAUAAAGCUCAGGCCUACGGAGAGCUGGGAAGUCUCCACAGCCAGUUAGGGAAUUACGAACAGGCCAUCUCCUGCCUCGAACGCCAGCUGAACAUUGCCAGGGACAUGAAGGACCGAGCCUUGGAAAGUGACGCGGCCUGCGGCCUGGGGGGCGUCUACCAGCAGAUGGGAGAGUAUGACACGGCCCUGCAGUACCACCAGCUCGAUCUGCAGAUUGCGGAGGAGACAGACAAUCCCACAUGCCAGGGCCGAGCCUACGGGAACCUGGGUCUCACCUAUGAGUCCCUGGGCACUUUUGAGAGGGCUGUGGUCUAUCAGGAGCAGCACCUGAGCAUCGCGGCACAGAUGAACGACUUGGUGGCCAAGACCGUGUCCUACAGCAGCCUGGGAAGGACUCACCACGCCCUGCAGAACUAUUCUCAGGCAGUCAUGUACUUACAGGAAGGUUUAAGGCUAGCUGAGCAACUGGGUCGAAGAGAAGAUGAAGCAAAAAUUCGCCAUGGUCUUGGUCUCUCCCUUUGGGCAAGCGGAAACUUGGAGGAGGCUCAGCACCAGCUUUACAGGGCUUCAGCGUUGUUUGAAACGAUCCGGCACGAGGCCCAGCUGAGCACCGACUACAAGCUCUCCCUGUUCGACCUGCAAACAUCAUCCUACCAGGCCUUGCAGAGGGUGCUCGUCAGCCUAGGCCACCAUGAUGAAGCCCUGGCAGUAGCAGAAAGGGGCCGGACGAGAGCAUUUGCUGACCUGCUGGUGGAAAGACAGACCGGACAACAGGACUCCGACCCCUACUCGCCCAUCACCAUCGAUCAGAUCUUAGAGAUGGUUAAUGCCCAGCGGGGACUAGUGCUGUACUACUCUCUGGCCGCAGGCUACCUCUACAGCUGGCUGCUUGCUCCUGGAGCAGGGAUCCUGAAGUUUCACGAACAUUACUUGGGUGAUAAUUCGGUGGAAAGUUCCAGUGAUUUCCAAGCUGGCAGCAGUGCAACGUUGCCCGUAGCAACCAGCUCUACACUGGAGCAGCACAUCGCCAGCGUCCGAGAGGCCCUGGGGGUGGAGUCUUACUACUCCAGGGCCUGUGCCAGCAGUGAGACAGAAAGCGAAGCUGGGGACAUCAUGGAGCAGCAGUUGGAGGAGAUGAACAAGCAGCUCAACUCUGUAACCGACCCCACAGGCUUCCUGAGGAUGGUGCGCCACAACAACCUCCUGCACAGGAGCUGCCAGAGCAUGACAAGCUUGUUCAGUGGUACAGUGUCACCCAGCAAGGAUGGGACCUCCUCUCUGCCCAGGAGGCAGAACUCACUGGCCAAGCCCCCACUCCGCGCCCUGUAUGAUCUGCUCAUCGCGCCUAUGGAAGGGGGCUUGAUGCACUCAAGCGGCCCCGUGGGCCGGCACCGGCAGCUGGUCCUGGUUCUGGAGGGAGAGCUCUACCUUGUCCCCUUUGCCCUCCUGAAGGGCAGUGCCUCCAACGAGUACCUGUAUGAACGCUUUACGCUCAUCGCUGUGCCUGCCGUCCGCUCGCUUGGGCCGCACUCCAAGUGUCACUUGAGGAAGACCCCACCCACGUAUUCCAGCUCCACCGCCAUGGCAGCUGUCAUAGGCAACCCCAAGCUCCCAUCAGCAGUGAUGGACAGGUGGCUAUGGGGCCCAAUGCCCUCAGCAGAAGAGGAGGCAUACAUGGUGUCAGAGCUUCUGGGCUGCCAGCCCCUUGUGGGUAGUAUGGCCACCAAGGAGAGGGUCACGAGUGCCCUGACCCAGGCUGAGUGUGUCCACUUUGCUACCCAUGUCUCUUGGAAGCUAUCAGCCUUAGUCCUCACCCCCAACACGGAGGGCAACCCUGCUAGCAGCAAGAGCGCCUUCGGCCACCCCUACACCAUCCCCGAGUCGCUGCGGGUGCAGGAUGACGCAAGUGACGUGGAAAGCAUCUCAGACUGCCCACCGCUGAGGGAGCUGCUGCUCACCGCCGCCGACCUCCUGGACCUGCGGCUGUCUGUGAAGCUGGUGGUGCUCGGCUCUUCCCAGGAGGCCAACAGCCGAGUCACGGCAGACGGCUUGGUGGCGCUGACACGGGCCUUCCUAGCUGCUGGCGCACAGUGUGUGCUCGUGGCUCUGUGGCCGGUGCCGGUCGCAGCUUCCAAGAUGUUCGUUCAUGCCUUCUACUCAUCCCUGCUGAAUGGCCUGAAGGCCAGUGCCUCCCUGGGGGAGGCCAUGAAGGCUGUGCAGAGCAGCAAGGCCUUCUCACAUCCCUCCAACUGGGCAGGUUUCACGCUUAUAGGAAGUGAUGUCAAGCUGAACAGCCCCUCGUCACUCAUCGGCCAAGCGCUCACGGAGAUCCUGCAGCACCCGGAGCGGGCACGGGAUGCCCUGCGUGUGCUGCUGCACCUGGUGGAGAAGUCCCUGCAGCGGAUCCAGAAUGGACAGCGCAACGCCAUGUACACGUCUCAGCAGAGCGUUGAGAACAAAGUGGGUGGCAUCCCUGGAUGGCAGGCUCUCCUCACCGCAGUGGGCUUCCGGCUGGACCCUGCUGCCAGUGGGCUGCCGGCCGCUGUCUUCUUUCCAACCUCAGACCCAGGCGACAGGUUGCAGCAAUGCAGCAGCACUCUCCAGGCCCUGCUGGGUCUGCCCAACCCGGCUCUCCAAGCACUGUGCAAGCUCAUCACGGCCUCAGAGACGGGGGAGCAGCUCAUCAGCCGGGCUGUUAAAAAUAUGGUGGGAAUGCUCCAUCAGGUGCUGGUUCAGCUGCAGGCCUGCGAGAAGGAACAGGACUUUGCCUCGGCCCCCAUUCCAGUCUCCCUCAGUGUCCAGCUGUGGCGGCUCCCAGGGUGUCAUGAAUUCCUGGCAGCUCUCGGGUUUGACCUAUGUGAAGUGGGCCAAGAGGAAGUGAUCCUGAAAACCGGCAAGCAGGCUAGUCGGCGCACCACCCACUUUGCUCUCCAGUCCCUGCUGUCUCUCUUCGAUUCCACCGAGCUCCCCAAGCGCCUCAGCCUGGACAGCUCGUCCUCCCUGGAGUCCCUGGCGUCGGCACAGUCUGUGUCCAACACUCUGCCCCUGGGCUACCAGCACCCUCCUUUCUCGCCCACUGGGGCAGACAGCAUUGCCUCCGAUGCCAUCUCUGUCUACAGUCUCAGCUCCAUUGCUUCCUCCAUGAGUUUUGUCUCCAAGCCAGAGGGGGGUUUGGAAGGUGGGGGUCCCCGAGGACGACAGGACUAUGAUAGGUCCAAGAGCACCCACCCGCAACGAGCCACCCUGCCACGGCGCCAGAUGUCCCCCCAGGCCAGACGUGGGGCCAGCAAGGAAGAAGAAGAAUACGAGGGGUUCUCCAUCAUCAGCAUGGAGCCUCUGGCAACCUACCAAGGCGAGGGGAAGGCACGCUUCUCCCCAGACCCCAAGCAGCCAUGUGUCAAGGCACCAGGUGGGGUGAGGCUUUCGGUCAACUCCAAGGGAAGCGUCAGCACUCCCAACUCCCCCGUAAAGAUGACCCUGAUCCCCAGCCCAAACUCACCCUUUCAGAAAGUGGGAAAGCUGGCAAGCUCAGACACAGGUGAGUCGGACCAGUCCAGCACAGAGACCGACAGCACUGUGAAGUCCCAGGAGGACAGCACCCCAAAGCUGGACCCCCAGGAGCUGGCCCAGAGGAUCCUAGAGGAGACCAAAAGCCACCUCCUGGCAGUAGAGCGCCUUCAGAGGAGUGGUGGCCCAGCUAGCCCAGACCGAGAAGAUGGCGUGGUGGCACCCAGCAGCACCACGGUCUUCAGGGCCUCAGAGACCAGCGCCUUCAGCAAGCCUAUCCUGUCUCAUCAGAGGAGCCAGCUGUCACCACUCACUGUCAAACCACAGCCCCCAGCCAGGAGCUCAUCCCUUCCCAAGGUGAGCAGCCCUGUCACAUCAGAGGUGUCAGGCAAGGAUGGCCUGAGCCCUCCUGGCAGCAGCCACCCAUCACCUGGCCGUGACACCCCAGUCUCCCCGGCAGACCCGCCACUCUUCAGACUCAAGUACCCCAGCUCUCCUUACAGCGCUCACAUUUCCAAGUCCCCCCGGAACACGUCCCCUGCAUGCAGUGCGCCGUCUCCUGCACUCUCCUACUCUUCAGCUGGCUCUGCUCGCUCCAGUCCAGCCGAUGCCCCCGAUGAGAAGGUGCAGGCCGUGCACAGCCUCAAGAUGCUCUGGCAGAGCACACCCCAGGCCCCCAGGGGCCCCCGGAAACUAUGUCGAGGUGCACCGGGAACCCUGACAUCAAAAAGAGAUGUCCUCAGCCUGCUGAACUUGUCCCCACGGCAUGGCAAGGAGGAAGGUGGGGCAGACAGGCUGGAACUGAAGGAGCUGUCUGUGCAGCCACGUGACGAGGCGCCACCCAAAGUUCCCACCAAUGGCCACUGGUGCACGGAUACAGCAACACUGACAACACCCGGCGGCCGCAGCACGACAGCUGCCACUCGCCCUCUGAGACUUCCCUUGGCCAAUGGUUACAAGUUCCUAUCCCCAGGAAGGCUCUUCCCUUCCUCCAAAUGUUAAAGCCGCCUCUUGCCCCCGACUCAGUGCACACUGCAGCCAGAGUCUCGGGGUCCCUCAUCCAGUGCGGUCACCCACCCACAUAGCCACUGAUACCAUCUCUUCCCCGGACAGGUGGGCUCCCCGGGCAAGGUCACUGCCACACCAAAUACCACAGUACUCACAGGUAGCCCCUGGGCCAGAUUCACCAAAAGCAGACCUUGCAUGGGAAUACGGCAGUGACUUCUCUGCCUCUUUGCCCUGCUUGAGUCCUGCCCCAGGACCUGUGGGAGGAGAGAGCACAGGGUUUGCUACCAAGUCUCUAUGCAUACCUUUCCUUCAGGAGCACAGACCGCUCCUGUCAGGCUUCCAGGUGCUGGUGGGAUCUGUAAUGUUCUAAGUUCAGUUCCACACUGACGCAGUACAUUAGCCAAAAGGAGAGCUAUGGUUUGUAAAAUGCCAAUUCUUUGUGAUUAAAUUGUAGCCAUUUGGGUGGAGACCGAAGUCACAGCCCCAAUGCAAUAACUCAUGCUGAAAGCUUGCACCCCAGCUGCUCCCCAUGAGCAAGGCCAGGGGCCUUUUGACCCCACGUUGGCCAAACUUGAAUUUUCUUAAAAAAAAAAAAAAAAAAGUAAAAAUUCUGUACUUUUGUCCAGGCAUUUUAGAACUAUGCAAUUGUGGUUUAAAACACAACAUUGUGCUUUUAAAACAUAACUGACCUUUUUUGUACAUGGAUAAACACUUGGUUUUAUUAUCAACAGGACUUUGCAUUUAUAGCUAUUAUUUUUAAAAGCUCAAGAAAUUUUAAAUGUCAAAUUUUGAAUAUUCAUCCAUAAGUAGUAAUCAAGUUUUCCCGGGGGUAUGGUUGAAAGUAUUCAAUUUCCUUAUUUAAAAAAAAAAAAAAAUAAGAAAGAGGAAAAAGAAAAAAAGAAAAAAAAAAAAAAACGGAAAACAAAAAAACAAAAUCCAGUCCCCUGGCUAGCUAGACCAGACCCCUGCCAUGUCAUCAGCUGCUUUGCUGAGUCUCUCUUCUCCCUGCAGACCUCUCCUCUCUUGGCCACCAGGCCCCACAUCCUGGCUGCUACUCACAGGUCAGUCCCUUACAGCCGCUGCAACAGCUCGAGCUGCACCCCCACCAGGUCAGGAUACUCUUAUGAGCACUGAGAUUAAGGCCCCUCCUUCCCUCCUCACUGUGAGAGCGGUCAUCUGGAGAGGACCAUCGCCACAGGGUUCCAGGGGCCUGGCAGGCAUCAUGACCCCCAGGGCACUUCUGACCUCGAGUAGGCUCCGACUUGGGUUUGUUUCUGGUUGUGGGAUCUCUAGCCCAAGCUAGUCUUUCAGAUUUGCAGGAAUCCUCCUGCCUCAGCCUGCACCAACACACCACGCUAGGACCUCACUAUAUAGCGGCUCCUCCACCUCCGUGUACUGUUUUGCAAACUGACUCCAUGUUGCUCCGGUGAGUUUUGUCGUAGAGGAUUCUGCAUUUGACCCAACCACCUCGGUGACAACCACAACAAGGCGGCCGUCACAUUCUGAGCUGGCCCCGGCCCUAGGAGAGAAAUACUUCAGGAAGCAGCAAAGCAGCGUGCCUGUGCUAUCUUAGGUCAUCGGGGAGCUAACUCGCCAUGUAGCAGCCAAAACCAAACCCAGCACUGUGCACACCACUUGCAAAGAAGUCAGGUCCUUGGCAACCAAGAACCAACCUCAGCACAAACUUGGGUGGCUGGGCUCCACCCUCCUCAGCCACCACCUCAGCCUUCUCCUCCCCAACCCCCAAGUGCCCAGGAGCCUGGUUCUCUGUGCUUUGUCCAGGGUGCAGCCCGCCAUCAGCAAAUACCUCCAGCCCUCAGACCAUGUGUGGUUGUCAAGCCAUGGAGGAAGACUCCCAGGCUGCCCUGGUGUAUGCCCAGGUACACUGUCGGUUUUUUUUUUUUUUUUUCUGAUUGACGCUGAAGAGCUAAUAAGAACCUGGGAUGCUUUUUAUUUGUCUUAGAUGUAAGUUUCAAUGAAGGAAAACAGAAUUGGCAAAAUAACGGGAUCGGUGUGCAGACCCAAGUCGUCAAUUAUGCCAGUCUUGGCAACUCCAUGCAUGCGGAAAUAAAGUCAAUUGAAGUCCUUAGCUACGUGGCAAAGAGGACACUUCAAAUCAUGAGACUGUAUGAUCAGAGUUCUGUACGGGUCAGGGUUGGCGACUGUGACCCACAAGCUAAGGCUGGUGAAUGAGUUUGAAGUUCUGUUUGUUUGUUUUGGCCAUUAAGUCAGUGAUGGAUUUUACCUUUUAAAAUGGUUAAGGAAUAUAACAGAAGUCCUGAUUUUGCCUCUUGGUUCACAAAGCCUGAAGUCACCUGUUACCCAGCCUUUUAAAUAAAAGUUGGCAACUCCUGGUACACACAACAGAAAAAUGCCAGGAAGAAUUCAAGGAAGCAGGGGAGACUGACUGGUCCAUUGGGCCAAAGCCUCGAGGGCUCACACUUGGUGCAGGCGGCUCCUACCUAGCUCUUGGCUCUUUAUCCUGUGUGGGAAAAGCCAACAGAUAUGAGUCAAAGUUACAAAAGUGGCCUCUGUUCCCCCUUUGCUGGUAGUAUAGAGAUAUUCCCUUAAGCUCAGGAAAUAAAAAUUUUUAAUAAAUUUUUUCUUAAAUGUUCUACCCCACUCUACCAGACAAAGACAUGCUCCAGACAAGCUGCAGCUUCUUCUGGGAGCUUGGUGGGACCACAAAGCAAGGCCGUAGGCUGCCCCCAGUUUUCACCAGCAAUGACUCCUAACACACCCAAGAAAAUCACCUACCAAAACUUACACAUUGUUUCUGCACCAGUGUGCAGGGCUCACCUUCCUCCCUUUAGGAAAAAAAAAGAAAGUCCACACUGAUCCGUGGUGAGGUUCUGCCCGCAGAGUCCAGCUGCCCCAGUGUGCGGCACGCAUGCACACGGCAGCCUCAGUGAUCCUUAGCACCUUGUAAGCGGGCACAUGGCAACAGUGCGGUUCCCCUCACAGGCUGUUAGCGGAACUGACUGUACUCAUUGUGGCUUGUGAACCGGGCCUGUUUGUAGAGGAUCCUUCAGAGCCGUCCACGCCAGCACUCACCCGUCCCCGUCCUGGACACCUCCCUACUUGGCAUUCACUCUCCUUAUAUGCAUUGUUAGCCACCUUUGGCCUACAUGGACUCUUUUUUGUAAAUUACACAGUUUCCAGACAGCAUUAAACUUUUUAUAUUAUGAAAUUUGCCAUGUAAAAAGAACUUCAUAUUUUUAUUGAGGCUGCGGGCGCGUGGCCCUUCCUUUGUGAUUCAGUGUCUAUUAAAGCAUGAGCCUGUCAGUUUUAAAUGCUG